AUGGUGCCCUUUGCCGGCUAUUCCAUGCCUUUGCAGUAUGCCGAUCAGAGUCAUCUUGAAAGCCAUCACUGGACGAGGGCGCAUGCGAGCUUGUUUGAUGUGAGCCACAUGGUCCAGCACCACCUCAUUGGCCCGGGAGCUCAAGACUUUCUGAUGAAAAUUACACCUUCGUCGCUCGACAAGUUGAAAGAUAACCACUCGACGCUUUCUUGCCUUCUUGAGGAGGGAACCGGCGGUAUUGUCGACGAUACUGUUAUUACUCGUCUUGGGCCGGAAUCAUUCUACUUUGUGACAAAUGCGGGUAGACGGAAGGAGGAUUUAGAAUUCCUGUCAAAAGAGAUCGAAGCAUUCAGGCAGACACAUGACCCAUCCGCGCGCGCAUCCGUUAUCCACUGGUCAAUUCUGGACAACAGGGCGCUCUUGGCUUUACAAGGCCCAUCAAGUGCAGCAGUUUUACAAGCUCUUGUGACCCAAGGGGAGGCUUCUGUGGAAAGUGACCUCAGCACCCUCCAUUUCGGACAAUGCCGCCAGUUGCACUUGAGUUUUCCUGAUGGCUCUCACACCCCUGCUCGGCUCCUGAUCUCUAGGACUGGGUAUACCGGUGAAGAUGGAUUCGAAAUCUCCAUCCCCACCGAGCAAGACGCUCAACUUCCACGACGCAUUGCUGAGUUACUGCUUUCGAACCCUGAAGUUCGCCUUGCUGGUCUCGCCGCCCGCGACUCUCUCCGAUUAGAGGCUGGAAUGUGCUUGUACGGACAUGACAUCAGCACGGCGCAAACUCCUCCUGUGGCAGGGCUAGGCUGGGUUGUUGGCAAAGACCGUCGGGACCCGUCAUCACCAUCCUCAUCCUUCAAUGGCUCUUCGGUUAUCCUCCCACAGCUCGCAUCUCCUGCUAAAACGCUAAAGGAGCGACGAAUCGGCCUCACGAUCGAAGCCGGCGCUCCUGCUCGAGAAGGCGCGGCCAUUGUCGACUUGGCUGACGGCAAAACCCAAGUCGGUGUCAUUACAUCUGGCUUACCCAGCCCAACCCUAAACGGCGCGAAUAUUGCGAUGGGAUAUAUCAACCAAGGUCUCCACAAAAAGGGUACCGAAGUCGGGGUGCUAGUGAGAAAGAAACUGAGAAAGGCGACGGUUACCCCGAUGCCAUGGAUCGAAAGCAAAUUCUACAAAGGUUAG